UAUCGGUUAACCCCUGGGUGGCCGUGCGAGCUGGAGCUCCGCGGGCCGGAACCCGGGAGUUGGGGCUCCCCAGCCACACCCCUCGCGGGAUUUAAAGGGGCAGGAGGGGCCGGGUCGGGUCGAAGCCCGAACCUAGGGAGCGGGCAUGAGGCGCUGCCCGUGCCGGGGGAGCCUAAGCGAGGCAGAGGCCGGGGAGCUGCCGGGGGCGGCCCGCAUGGGGCUAGAGGCGCCGCGAGGGGGGCGGCGGCGGCAGCCGGGGCAGCAGCGACCUGGGCCAGGCGCAGGGGGCCCGGCGGGGCGGCCGGACGGGGGCGGGCCCCGGACCAGCCCCGAGGGGUCCAGCCUCUACAGCGAGCCCGAGAGGGUCGGCCUCGGGCCUGAGCCGAGGACAGACGGACAGGUUGAGCCUGAAGCAGCUGGCCUCGGAGCGGAGACUGAGCGGCCCGGCCCCAAAACGGAGACAGACGUAUCUAGCCUCCGGACACAUCCAGAAAGGAGCAGCCACUGCUCAGAGCUGGAGACAGCCGGUCCCUGGACGGAAACUGGGACAGAUGGCUUUUUGACUGAUUCACACUGGUCUGACCUCCAGCCUCAGCCAGAGAAGGCCAGCCUCUGGACACAGCCCGUCGUUGAUGGGCCCUGGACAGAGAUAGAAAUACAUGGGUCACAGACCCAACCAGAGAGGGCCAAGACCUGGGCUGAUAACCUCUGGACCCAUAGGAACAGGUCCAGCCUCCGGACUGAGCCAGAGGGGGCCUGUCCCUCAACAGAGCCAAGUGCCGAUGGCUCCUGGAAAGAAUUGUACACUGAUGGCUCCCAGAUACAACAGGAUACUAAAACAGCCUGGAAGCAGGUUGGCACUGAUGGUUUCCCAACACAGCAAGAUUCUGUUGGCUCCUGGACUCGGCCUGGCACUGAUGGUCCCCAGACACAAGAUACUCAUGGACCCCAGACAGAACCUGGGACAGACUGUCUUUUGGGGGAAUCCAAGCAGGAUGGCCUGUUAGAGGAACCAGAACCCAGGGACUUGGGGGCUCACCUGUACUCUCGCCUGGAGUGUAGCCCCUUGACCCCUGUGCCCCGCCUCAUCAUCACUCCUGAAACACCUGAGCCUGAUGCUCAGCCAGUGGGACCCCCCUCCCGGGCUGAGGGGGGCAGUGGCGGCUUCUCCUCUGCCUCCUCUUUCGACGAGUCUGAGGAUGAUGUGGUGGCCGGGGGCGGAGGUGCCAGCGACCCCGAGGACAGGUCUGGGAACAAACCGUGGAAGAAGCUGAAGACAGUUCUGAGAUAUUCGCCCUUCGUGGUCUCCUUCCGAAAACACUACCCUUGGGUCCAGCUGUCGGGACACGCUGGGAACUUCCAGGCAGGAGAGGAUGGUCGGAUCCUGAAGCGUUUCUGUCAGUGUGAGCAGCGCAGCCUGGAGCAGCUGAUGAGUGACCCCCUGCGACCCUUCGUGCCCACCUACUAUGGCAUGGUGCAGCGGGAUGGCCAGGCCUUCAACCAGAUGGAAGAUCUCCUGGCGGAUUUUGAGGGCCCCUCCAUUAUGGACUGCAAGAUGGGCAGCAGGACCUACCUGGAGGAGGAGCUGGUGAAGGCACGAGAACGACCCCGGCCCCGGAAGGACAUGUAUGAGAAGAUGGUGGCUGUGGACCCUGGGGCCCCCACCCCUGAGGAACACGCCCAGGGUGCCAUUACCAAGCCCCGUUACAUGCAGUGGAGGGAGACCGUGAGCUCGACCUCCACCCUGGGCUUCCGGAUUGAGGGCAUCAAGAAAGCCAACGGGACCUGCAACACCAAUUUCAAGAAGACACGGGAGCUGGAGCAGGUGACAAAGGUGUUAGAGGACUUUGUGGACGGGAACCGUGGAAUCCUGAGAAAGUACGUGGCGCGCCUGGAAGAACUUCGUGAGGCUCUGGAGAAUUCCCCCUUCUUCAAGACCCAUGAGGUGGUGGGCAGCUCCCUCCUCUUCGUGCAUGACCACACUGGCCUGGCCAGGGUCUGGAUGAUCGACUUUGGCAAGACGGUAGCCCUGCCUGACCACCAGACGCUCAGCCACCGACUGCCCUGGGCUGAGGGCAACCGUGAGGAUGGGUACCUCUGGGGUCUGGACAACCUGAUCCGCCUCCUUCAGGGGCUGGCCCAGGGUUGACCCACUUGCCCACUGCCGGGGUGACUUACUGGAUGGUGCCCAUCUGGCUGGCGGUGCCCCGAGAUUGGCCGUGGGGGUUGACCUCGGGGUUAGGAGAGGUUGCAUUGUUCACCAUGCAAGACAUGAGUGGAAGGCCCGGAGGGCCCUGGAGCCCCGCCCCUUUCAUGAUACAGAGGUUUUGAAGACUGGAGAGGGGACGUGCCAUGGCUGCAUCCCACCUUGUAUCAGAACCAGACUGGGCCCUCUGACCAGCCAGGAAGGUUUCUGAGGGGCGACGUGCCUCUCGCCAUAGGGAUGACUGUAAUCACCGUCUCCUUGUCAGUCCUCUCCCGGCUGCAGGCUGGCUCCCGGAGGCCUGGGAAGGGUGAAUUUCCUCUCUGGCGCCUGGGGGAACCAGACCUCACCUGUGAACAAAUGCAGGAGCCACCUGUCUGCCCGGGAGAGUCACAACCCCAUCUGUUCGUCUGGGGCCAUUCCAGCGCUGACAGAGGUUCAGGAGGGUGUGACACCACAAGGUCUGAGAGCUGCUGCUGUUGGGCGGGGACCCAGUUCUCUCUGUCCUGCCCUCCCCUGACCCCAUGGGAUCCUCCCCACUCCUGAGAGAACUCUGCUGACCCCCUGCCGACCCAGGCCACAGCCACGUCCUGUGCCAGCACUGACUAGCACAGCCUCGUUCCUCGGGCACCAGCCUCAGCCUUGGGACCCCCUCCUCCCACCCCUGACCCCCUUUCCCUUGCUUCUAGCCGACUGGUGGCAGGAAGGGCUUUCAGACCUAGAAGAGGAGGCUUGGGAAUCAGAGCUGCCUUCCUCUAGAGAUGCAGGGUAGGUGGCUGUGACCGAGGGCUUGCCACCUGGUCCAAACCAAAGACCCCAGCACCUUCUCAGGUGUGGGUGAUGCCCCUCCGUCCCCCUCCUCCUGCACCCGUACCUUGGGCUUCCUAGUCUAGGAGGCUGGGAACCAGGCACCUCCCUCUUCCCCAAGCUGAAGCUCUAAUGUGUCUUCCAGGCCUGAGGAGGCGUGCUCCUUUUUCUACAAACUGUCUUUAUACUUAUUUAUAUGAGAGGUAGUCGUUAGCUGGGGCAGCGCUGGGGAACAGGAGGCAAAAUCGCUUCAUGUGCUUUCCCCCUGUGACGACGCCCCAAUAAAUCACAUUCAGCGUCAA